AUGCGCGAAGUUGCAGAGAAACUCAAAGAGGCUGGUCAUGAAGUCUUCGAAUGGGACACCUCCCUCCACGUCACAGGUCAAAACCUGUGGACAAAAGCCAUCCUCGCCGACGGAGGCCAACACUGUCGCUACCUAUGCGACAUUGUCGGGGAGCCAUUAAUCGAAGGAAUGGUCGUAGGGACAGAGAAAGAUGAACUGACCAUCUCAGAACGCGAAGAGCUCGAAGAAACCAAAUGGGCCUACCAAACCACCUUCCUCCAGCAAUGGACAUCAAGCAACAUCGACGCCCUCCUGAUGCCCGUCACGCCCUGGGUCGGCUACCGGCCGAAAUCCUGGGUCGUCAGUUCCCAGUGGCUCGGCUACACGGCUCUCUGGAACUUGCUCAAUUACGCAGCUGUUACUGUUCCGGUGGCUAAAGUGGAUGGUGCGCUUGAUCAGCCCGAUCAGGAGUGGUUGGAGCAUGUGCCUAGGAAUGACUCGGAUCGGUUUAAUUGGGAACAGUAUGACCCUGAACUCGUCAAAGACAUGCCCAUCACGGUACAGAUCGUUGGAGGCCGGUUUGGUGAAGAAAAGGCUGUUUCGGUGGCUAAGGUGUUGGAUGAGGUUUUGCGGUAG